CUCUCUGUCCCAUUAAUAUUCCUCUCGCUCUCUCUGAGACCGACCAGAAUCGCAUGCAUGUCCUUCAGGUCAAACCCCUAAAAAGCCACAACUGAAGAAGAACAAAGCAAAUAAGAGAAAAGAUAUAGAAAGCAUAGCAUCUCUUCUUCAGAGAGAGAGAGAGAGAGUCAGAGAGAGGAGUCGCGUUGAUACACCGUCGAAUCUUGCAAAUAUACAAAAAAGAAAGGAAAACAAAAAGGCAAUAGAGACUCUUCUCACUCUCCCUCUCUCUAAAAUUAGGGCAAAAACGGACCCAAAACCCUAAAAUCCCAAACGCAGAACUGCUCUUCUUCUAUUUAUAUUUAUCUUGUUUCUCGGUUUUCCGAACGUCUAGAGAGAGAUGGAGAAUCAAGAGGAAUCUAGGGUUUGUGGCAGCAGUGGCGAACAAUCUCGUUCUCCGCAAGCUAGGGUUUCUACUGCCCCUGCUUCUUCUUCUUACUGGCUUGAUGCUUGUGAAGACAUUGAUCUCUCCGGUUUUGACGAUUUCAGUGGCCCAGCAGCUGUGGUUGCUGAAGUGAUUGAUCCGUCUGAUCGGGCGGCAGUCGUUGAGGAUGAUUCCAGUUUCUUUAGGGAUCUUGAUCGGUUUCUUGACAGCAUCAAGGAUGAUAGCCUCUUGAUCGGUGGUGAUGGCAGUGGUGCUAGUGUUGACCAGGGGGAGCUCGGUGAGAUUCUUGAAGUGCAGGCCCCACAGCAGAAUGGGAUCAAGAAGCAUUGUGAAGAAGCUGAUUCUGAGAACAAGAGUUCUAACGACCAGAGACAUAGGAUUAAGCAGAAUGGGGACAGCAGCGGUGCAGAUAGACCUAACAAGAGGGCCCGUCUAAGUGAUCGCAGUGGUGAGGAAAGGAAUUACUUGGCCCGCCGGCACAUGCACAGCGGUUCCCGGGAAUGGUCAAGCAGAAAGCGGGCCCGCCAUGACUGGGAAGAGAGCGAAAGACGGGAUUACCGGAGCAAUAAAAGAGAACGGGACGGCUGUGAUAGGAGGGAUGGUAGAGACAGGGACUGGAGGGAGAGAGAAAGGAGAGGGUAUUGGGAGAGGGACCGGAUGGGAAAGGUCAUAUUCCGUGUUGGGCCAUGGGAGCCUGCAGAGCCGAACAGAGAGGUGAAGAGAGCCAGGCAAGAAAGCCCAGAACGGGUCAAGAGUCCCGAGAAGAAACCGGACGAGAAGAAAGAGAAGCCAGUGGAGGAGCAGGCUAGGAAAUAUCAACUGGAUGUUCUGGAACAGGCUAAGAAGAAGAAUACAAUCGCGUUUCUUGAAACUGGGGCUGGGAAAACGCUCAUUGCUGUUCUUCUUAUCAAGAGCAUUUGCAAAGAAAUGCAACAAGAGAACAGGAAAAUUCUAGCUAUAUUCUUGGUACCCAAGGUUCCUCUUGUUUAUCAGCAAGCGGAAGUUAUUCGUGAGAGAACUGGUUACAGAGUUGGUCAUUAUUGUGGUGAGAUGGGUCAAGAUUUCUGGGAUGCUCGGAGGUGGCAGCGAGAGUUUGAAUCAAAACAGGUACUAGUUAUGACAGCUCAAAUUCUGCUGAACAUUCUCAGACACAGCAUCAUAAAAAUGGAAUCCAUCCAUCUCCUUAUACUGGAUGAGUGCCAUCAUGCUGUUAAAAAGCACCCCUAUUCAUUGGUGAUGUCUGAGUUCUAUCAUACAACUCCAAAGGAGAAAAGACCAGCUGUUUUUGGCAUGACGGCUUCUCCCGUCAAUUUGAAGGGGGUUUCUAGUCAAGAGGAUUGUGCUUUAAAGAUUCGAAACCUUGAAAGUAAACUAGAUGCCAUGGUAUGCACAAUCAAAGAUCGAAAAGAACUUGAAAAGCAUGUCCCUAUGCCUUUAGAAGUUGUGGUUGAGUAUGAUAAGGCAGCUACAUUGUGGUCACUUCAUGAACAAAUAAAACAAAUGGAAGUUGCAGUUGAGGAAGCUGCACAUUCUAGUUCCAGAAGAAGCAAAUGGCAGUUUAUGGGAGCCAGGGAUGCUGGAUCUAAAGAAGAACUGCGACUAGUCUACGGUGUUUCUGAAAGAACAGAAAGUGAUGGGGCUGCUAAUCUAAUUCAAAAAUUGAGAGCUAUCAACUAUGCUCUGGGUGAACUGGGACAGUGGUGUGCUUUUAUGGUUGCAAAUUCAUUUUUGACAGCUUUACAAAAUGAUGAGAGGGCAAACUACCAGCUUGAUGUCAAGUUUCAAGAAUCGUACUUGAAAAAAGUUGUAGCUCUCUUGCAGUGCCAGUUGUCCGAGGGUGCUGUGUUGGAUAAGGAAGCAAAAGGUACUGAUACGAAGUGUAAUGAUGCUCAAGGGAAUGACCUUGAUGAAAUGGAAGAAGGGGAGUUGGAAGACAGUCAUGUUGUCUCUGGUGGGGAGCAUGUGGAUGUGAUAAUUGGAGCUGCUGUAGCAGAUGGAAAAGUGACCCCAAAAGUGCAAUCAUUAAUUAAAAUUCUGUUGAAGUACCAACACACAGAAGAUUUCCGUGCAAUCAUUUUUGUAGAGCGAGUUGUGGCUGCCUUAGUUCUUCCAAAGGUGUUCUCAGAGUUGCCGUCCUUGAAUUUUAUCAAUUGUGCGAGCUUGAUUGGGCACAACAAUAAUCAGGAGAUGCGUACAUGCCAAAUGCAAGACACAAUUGCCAAAUUUCGCGAUGGUCGAGUUACACUGUUAGUGGCAACCAGUGUUGCAGAAGAAGGCCUUGAUAUUCGGCAGUGCAAUGUUGUCAUCCGCUUUGACCUUGCAAAAACUGUUCUGGCAUACAUUCAAUCAAGAGGUCGUGCAAGGAAGCCUGGAUCUGAUUACAUAUUAAUGGUUGAGAGGGGGAAUUUGUCACAUGAAACCUUCAUGCGGAAUGCUCGGAAUAGUGAGGAAACCUUGCGGAAGGAAGCGAUUGAAAGAACUGACAUUAGUCAUCUUAAGGGUACUGCAAGGUUGACUUUACCGGAUACAGCACCUGGUUCUGUGUAUCAGGUUGAGUCAACUGGUGCUAUCGUUAGCUUAAACUCUGCUGUUGGACUCAUCCAUUUCUACUGCUCCCAGCUGCCAAGUGACAGGUAUUCAAUACUUCGUCCUGAGUUUAUUAUGGAACAGCAUGAGAAGCCAGGAGGAUCCACCGAAUACUCAUGCAAGCUUCAGCUCCCUUGUAAUGCACCAUUUGAAAAACUCGAGGGUCCUGUAUGCAGUUCAAUGCGCCUCGCGCAACAGGCUGUUUGUUUGGCUGCUUGCAAGAAACUCCAUGAGAUGGGGGCGUUCACUGACAUGCUUUUGCCAGACAAGGGAAGUGGGGAAGAAGGGGAGAAAGUAGAUCCGAAUGAUGAAGGAGAUCCUCUCCCUGGAACUGCACGGCAUAGAGAGUUCUAUCCUGAAGGUGUCGCUGAAGUCCUCCGGGGAGAAUGGAUUUUAUCUGGGAGAGAUGGCUCUGACAAUUCCAAAUUGGUUCGGCUGUAUAUGUAUGCGGUAAAUUGUGAAAACAUCGGCACCUCAAAAGAUGGGUUCUUAACACAAGUUUCAGAUUUUGCAGUACUUUUUGGCAAUGAGCUGGAUGCAGAGGUUUUAUCGAUGUCGAUGGAUCUCUUUGUUGCUCGAACCAUGAUAACGAAGGCAUCUCUCAUCUUCCAGGGAUCCAUAGAGAUUACAGAAAGCCAGUUGGUUUCCCUAAAGAGCUUUCAUGUAAGACUUAUGAGCAUCGUGUUAGAUGUGGAUGUUGAACCUUCAACAACUCCUUGGGAUCCUGCCAAAGCAUAUCUAUUUGUCCCUGUAACAAGCCAGAAGGGUUUAGAUCCCUUAAAAGGAGUUGACUGGCAUCUGAUUGAAAAGAUAAUUGGCACUGAUGCAUGGAGUAAUCCCCUUCAGAGGGCUCGUCCAGAUGUUUACCUUGGCACAAACGAGCGAACGCUAGGUGGGGACCGGAGGGAGUAUGGAUUUGGGAAGUUGCGACAUGGCAUGGCUUUUGGACAGAAAUCCCACCCAACCUAUGGUAUCAGAGGAGCUGUGGCACAGUUUGAUGUCGUGAAAGCUUCUGGGUUGGUUCCCACUCGCAACAUUACAGAAGGUCAAACCUAUGAGGAUGUGGCCCCAAACAGGUUGUUAAUGGCAGAUUCUUGCAUUGAUGUGGAAGACCUUGUUGGAAGAAUUGUAACAGCUGCGCACUCUGGAAAGCGGUUUUAUGUGGAUUCUGUGCGCUAUGACAUGAAUGCAGAGAAUUCAUUCCCAAGGAAGGAGGGCUAUUUGGGUCCUUUGGAGUACAGUUCAUAUGCUGAUUACUACAGACAAAAGUAUGGAGUGGAAUUGAUUUAUAAGAAACAACCUCUAAUACGAGGACGUGGUGUUUCAUACUGUAAGAAUCUCCUCUCACCUAGGUUCGAACAUUCUGAAGCACAUGAAGGAGAGUCUGAAGAGAAUCUUGAUAAAACGUAUUAUGUGUUUCUGCCUCCUGAGCUCUGUUUUGUCCAUCCGCUUCCGGGGUCCCUCAUUCGAGGUGCCCAGAGAUUGCCCUCAAUAAUGAGGAGGGUAGAAAGUAUGCUUCUUGCAGUUCAGCUAAAGGAUAUUAUUAACUACCCAGUUCCUUCUUCCAAGAUAUUGGAAGCCUUGACUGCUGCUUCAUGUCAAGAGACUUUCUGCUAUGAAAGAGCAGAGCUGCUGGGAGAUGCUUACCUGAAGUGGGUUGUUAGUAGAUUCCUUUUUCUCAAAUACCCUCAGAAGCAUGAGGGACAGCUUACUAGGAUGCGGCAGCAGAUGGUAAGCAACAUGGUACUGUACCAGUAUGCUCUGACUAAAGGACUCCAGUCAUAUAUACAGGCUGAUCGAUUUGCUCCAUCAAGAUGGGCUGCUCCUGGAGUGCUGCCUGUCUUUGAUGAAGAUACAAAGGAAGUGCAACCCUCCUUAUUUGAUCAGGAAAGUUCAGUUGCUGAGACCGAAUCACAGAAGGAUAUUUAUGAUGAUGGUUAUGAGGACGAUGGUAUGGAAGAUGGAGAGAUUGAGAGUGAUUCGAGCUGCUACAGAGUUCUCUCUAGCAAGACACUGGCUGAUGUUGUUGAAGCAUUGAUUGGGGUCUAUUAUGUGGAAGGAGGGAAGGUUGCUGCAAACCAUCUCAUGAAAUGGAUCGGGAUUCAGGUGGAGUUUGACCCUCAAGAAAUAGAGCCUGUGAAUAAGCCGUGCAGCAUUCCAGAGAGCAUAAUGAGGAGCAUCGACUUCGAUACAUUAGAGGGUGCUCUGAAUCUGAAGUUCAAUGACAGGGGCCUGUUGGUGGAAGCCAUCACCCAUGCUUCACGGCCAUCGUCUGGAGUCUCCUGUUAUCAGCGGUUGGAAUUUGUUGGUGAUGCCGUAUUGGAUCAUCUUAUAACAAGGCACCUUUUCUUUACAUACACGGAUCUACCCCCUGGCCGCCUUACUGACUUGCGAGCUGCUGCUGUAAAUAAUGAGAACUUUGCACGUGUUGCUGUGAAGCACAAGCUUCACGUGCACCUUCGGCAUGGAUCAAGUGCCCUGGAAGCACAGAUACGGGACUUUGUGAAGGAUGUUCAAGACGAACUCUCAAAGCCAGGGUUCAAUUCCUUUGGCCUGGGAGAUUGCAAGGCUCCCAAAGUGCUGGGUGACAUUGUGGAAUCCAUUGCAGGUGCCAUUUUUCUGGACAAUGGACGCGAUACUGCGGUAGUCUGGAGGGUGUUCCAACCCUUGUUACAUCCGAUGGUGACCCCAGAAACCCUCCCAAUGCAUCCGGUUAGGGAGCUUCAGGAGCGCUGCCAGCAACAGGCCGAGGGCCUGGAAUAUAAAGCUACCCGGAGUGGUAAUGUAGCUACUGUGGAGGUCUUCAUUGAUGGCGUCCAGAUCGGGAUUGCUAAGAAUCCACAGAAGAAAAUGGCUCAGAAGCUAGCUGCGAGGAAUGCUCUGGUUGUGCUGAAGGAGAAGGAUACAGAGGAAGCUAAGGAGAAGGAUGGUGAGAAUGGAAAGAAAAAAAAUGGUGUCCAGACCUUCACCAGGCAAACGCUGAAUGAUAUAUGCCUGCGGCGGCAGUGGCCUAUGCCCCAGUACAGGUGCAUCAAUGAAGGUGGUCCCGCUCAUGCGAAAAGAUUUACCUAUUCCGUCCGCGUGAACACGACUGACAAAGGAUGGACGGAUGAUUGUGUAGGAGAGCCAAUGCCCAGUGUCAAGAAGGCCAAGGACUCAGCGGCAGUUCUUUUAUUAGAGCUGUUGAAUAGAUGGUAUGCCCAGCAGCAGUAACAGGGGUCAGGGUGCGGUGGGGUAUUUUAAUAAUUUAUAUUCCAUUAAAAGGAAAUAGUGAAUUGGAUGACGGGAACACCCCAGUGGGGUGUGCUAUUCAUCAUAUAGUAUAAUGUACCUUAUAUAUAUAUUUUUCAAUAUUUUAUAUCUGAUUAAAAGGAAAGAGAGAAUUGGACGACCGGACUGGUGGCGAGUGUAGAUUUGAAUAUUUCAUGUUCUUCCUUGCUUAUGUUAGCAUUGCAUGUAAUCUCUCCCUACACAGCUGUUCCCUACUGGUUGGAAAUGUGUGAGACCCAGUCUUUUUGGCCUUGUAUAGCCCCUGUGCUUUCAUAAGAGAUUUGCUCAGAUA